AUGAGUUUGUCGACCAGGAAUCAAGUUCUUUUUCUUCAAAUUUUCUAUUAUCUGACAAAUCUUGUGAACACAGUUCCAUUAAAAGUCUCUGAUGGAGUACCCGAUUUGUUUUGUGGAAAGCCACCAAUACACAUCAUAUUCAAACCAAGCACUGAUGUGGCAAGCACAAACGUGGAGACUUCUAUCAUGGAAUUGGCGAAUAGCACACAAGCUGAGGUA